GGCCUCUCCAUUUCAUCAGUUCCUGGAGAUGUGGGUCAGCUAAGUCCAGAGCCUCAGAGUGCAGCGCGAAGGAGAGGCAGAGCUGGGCAGAUGACCUGCUUUGCCAGGCCCUGAGGCCGGCACGCUGGCCAUGUGCAGCCCGGAGGAGGAGGCCCUGCUGCGGCUGGAGGAGGUCUUCUCGGCUGCCCUUGCUCGAAUCAACAGCGUGGUCCUCCAGCCCCUGCUCAAGGCUGAGCCCUCGGAUCCCCGGGGCAGAGAGUGCCAGCGGCUCCUGCAGCAGCUGCAGAGGAGCUCCCAGCAGCUCUGGGAGGUGACGGAGAAAAGCCUGCACUCGCUGCGGGAGAGGCUGCGCCACCCGGACACCAUCGGUCUAGAAUCCGUGCUGCUGCUGCGUGAUGCCGACCAUGUCCUGCAGGUCCACAUGGAGUACAUCGAGUCCUAUACGAGCUGCGUGGUGGUGCAGGCCUUUCAGAUGGCAGCGAAGCUGAGGAGUGAGUACUGGCGGAGCCAGCGGAAGGCACUGCGGCAGCUCCUGUCGCAGCUCCUGUCGGGCGUGAGCUCCGAGGGCUUGGGGGGCUCCGCGCUGGUCCGGGCCCUCUGCCAGCCACUCACCCACCACGUGCAGCAGUACGCGCACCUCCUGCAGAGCCUCCGGAGCACCGUCGGGGACCAUCACCCCGCCCGGGAGCUGGUGGUGCGCUCAGCCACCCUCUUUGAGAACCUACAGCCCUUCCUGAGGCAGGCGCUGGACCAGGCUGUGGACACGCAGACCCUCUGGUACACCCUGAGCAGCCGGCUGAGGGAUGCUCUCUACGCCCCUGCUCGCCGGCUCUUGCAAGACAGCAAGGACAUACCCGUGACGGUCACCCCGCUGAGGGCAGAGCGCGUGCUGCUCUUCGAUGAUGUCCUUGUCCUUCUGCAGGGCCACAAUGUCCACACCUUUGACCUGAAGCUGGUGUGGGUGGAUCCUGAGCAGGACGGGUGCGCGUUUCACCUCCUUACACCUGAGGAAGAGUUCUUUUUUUCCUCCAAGAACCCCCAGGACCAGGCGGUCUGGCGGUGGAAGGUUACCCAGGCUGUGUGCCAGGCUCUGCGUGGGAAGAAAGACUUCCCGGUGUUGGGGGAAGCCCCGGAGCCUUCCGAGACUCCCGCCUGCCGCUCCCUGGCAUACACCUUCCUCGCAGAGGGUCGGCUCUGCCGGGCCACCUACGAGGGCGAGUGGUGCCGGGGCAGGCCCCAUGGCAAGGGAACGCUGAAGUGGCCGGACGGGCGGAAUCAUGUGGGCAGUUUCUGCCAGGGCCUGGAGCACGGCUUUGGCAUCCGCCUGGUGCCCCAGGCCUCUGAGGACAAGUUUGACUGUUACAAGUGCCACUGGCGGGAAGGCAGCAUGUGUGGCUAUGGCAUCUGUGAGCACAGCACUGACGAGGUGUACAAGGGCUACUUCCAGGAGGGCCUGCGGCACGGUUUUGGGGUCCUCGAGAGUACCCCGCAAGUCCCUCAGCCCCGCAAGUACACGGGCCACUGGGAGAGGGGCCAGAGGAGCGGAUACGGCAUCCAGGAGGACAGUGACAGGGGUGAGCGCUACAUUGGCAUGUGGCAGGCUGACCAGCGCCAUGGCCCGGGGGUCGUGGUCACCCAGGCUGGAGUCUGCUACCAGGGGAACUUCCAGGCAGACAAGAUGGUGGGCCCGGGGAUCCUCCUCUCCGAAGAUGACUCCUUGUACGAGGGCACCUUCACCAGGGACCUGACCCUCAUGGGGAAGGGCAAGGUCACCUUCCCCAAUGGCUUCACCCUGGAGGGCUCCUUUGGCAGUGGAGCCGGGAGAGGGCUGCAUACCCAGGGCAUGCUGGACACAGCGGCCCCUCCGCCUGACCCAAGCAGCACCUGCAAGAGGCAGCUGGGCCUGGGCGCCUUCCCCGUGGAAAGCCGCUGGCGGGGUGUCUACGCCCCCUUCCGGGACUUUGUACGUGCCGGCUGCCCCGGGGACCUGCAGGAGGCUCUGCUGGGCUUCCACGUGCAGAGCUCGAGAGAGCUGCGCAAGUCCCAGGAGUACCUGUGUGGUGAGAGGACCCCUCUGGAUGACAGCGCCGGCAGAAUGGAGGACAUCCUGCAGGAGGUGCUGCAGCACCGGGAGCCCGAGGCCCUGCAGCAACACCUCAGGAAGGCUCUGAGCAGCUCGCUGCACCCCCUGGGAAUGCUGCUCCGGACGCUGAUGCUGACCUUCCAGGCCACGUACACAGGCAUUGGGGCCAACAAGCACCUGCAGGGGCUGGCCCAGGAGGAGGUGAAGCAACACGCCCGGGAACUCUGGGCCGCCUACAGGGGUCUGCUGCAGGUUGCUUUACAGCGGAAGGGCCAGGCCCCUGAGGAAGAGGAAGGCACAGAGACAAGGGACCUGCAGAUGCAUGGAUUGAUGCUGCCUCUCAUACUGCCCAGCUUCUACUCGGAGCUCUUCACUCUCUACCUGCUUCUUCAUGAGAGAGAGGACAGACUCUACAGCCAGGGCAUCACCAACCUGAGCCUCUUCCCGGACACCAAGCUUCUGGAGUUCUUGGAUGUGCAGAAGCACUUGUGGCCCCUCAAGGACCUCACCCUGACCACCAAUCAGAGACACUCCCUGGUCAAGAACAAGUGCUUCCUGUCAGCUACUGAGUGCCUGCAGAAGAUCAUCACCACGGUGGACCCCCGGGAGAAGCUGGAGGUGCUGGAGAGGACCUACGGGGAGAUCGAGGCCACUGUGUCUCGGGUGCUGGGCCAGGAGCAUAAGCUGCCCAUGGACGACCUGCUGCCCCUGCUCAUCUACGUGGUGUCGCGUGCCCGAAUCCAGCACCUGGGAGCCGAGAUCCACCUGAUCCGUGACAUGAUGGACCCCAUCCACACGGGGGGCCUGUAUGACUUCCUGCUCACGGCCCUGGAGUCCUGCUACGAGCACCUGCAGAAGGACGACAUGCACCGGCUGCCCAGCCGCUGGGGCUCCAGGGAGGCUUGGUAGCUCGGCCUCUCCCGGACAAACUGUGGAGCUGAGGGGGCCGCCGUGGACUUCCUCUGUGGCGCAUGCGGCCCGGCCUGGCCCUCAGCGCCCAAAAGCAGGGGCGGGACAGGCCCUCGCAGGCGGCUCUUGGAGGAGAUGAGUGUCUCUCAGGAAGAUGCUGCAGCAGCCCCGACUGCGAUGAGACGGGUGACAAGUGUGGCCCCAGAGCUGGGGUUUCCCUUCCCCUGCCACUAGACCAGCCUCAGAUGACUGUGACCUGCAGGAGCUCGCGCGCUGG